CCCGCAGUAAGAUGGUUGUUGAGAAGAGCCGGGAGUGAGCGGUGGUUGUCUGGGGAGACUGGGGGUGCUGGAAGGGGAGGCGGCAAUUCUGCAAUGUGUAAGAGUCCGAGGAGAGGGAGAAGAAGAGAGAGCGAGAGCGGCACAGCGGGACAGGGGAAUCAACACGUGUGCAGAGUAGCAAGCUACGAUGACUGACAGGGGCCCCAGCGGAGAUGCUGGCAACCCCAGCGGGAUCAGACCUGCCAUUACGGUUGGCAGGGGCCUGCCGGGCCGCCGGAAUUCAGCCACUGUCACACCUGGCCGCCUGCCUUCCAUCCGCUCGCGAGACCUAACCCUGGGAGGAAUGAGAAAGAAAACAUUCACUCCAAACAUCAUCAGCAGGAAAGUUAAGGAAGAGCCUAAGGAAGACGAUGCAUCACAGAGGAAAGAGAAAAAGGAGCGAGAGAGGGAUCGGCAAAGAGAUGGUCGAGGCCGAGGGAGGGGCAGACCUGAGACCAUUCAGUCCCAUUCCAUCUUCGAGCAGGGUCCUGCUGAAAUGAUGAAGAAAAGAGCUGGUUGGGAUUCCUCCAUGGACAUGAAAGAGUUUGGCACGUCCCCCAUUAUUAACAUUAAGAAGGAAAAGCGGGAAUCAGAGGAGGAAACUAAACAAAUUCUCCGCAUGCUGGAUAGGGAUGACUUUAUCGAUGACCCUGGUCUGAAGAACGAUGCCCGCAACAUGCCAGUGCAGCUUCCGCUGGCCCAGUCGGGGUGGUUGUUCAAGGAGGAGAUGGAGGAAGAGGAGGUGAAGCCCCAGCUGACCACCAAGGAGGACAAGAUGGAGAUAGAUAUCCCUUCCGUGAAAGUAAAGCACGAGCCUGGUGCUGAAGAUGCUGCAAAGGACGAUGCAGAGAAACCGAGCUUGGCAAGGAAGGCUCCGUCUGUGCCAAAGAGCAUUUCUGUUGCUGAGCUACUCCAGGAGCUCAGUUUGUGCAAUGACGACGAGCUGCUGUUCCUUCAGCUCCCUGACACAUUACCUGGCCAGGCUCCCACCCAUGAAGAGAAGCCAGUCAAAGCGGAGGUUCAAAGCGAGGACGGGCAGACCGUGUUACUGAAACAGGAAAAGAAUCAGGAACUUAAACAAGCUGAAAAUACUUGCUCACUGAUGGAUUUAACAGAGGGUCAGAUUGGGAAACUACUGAUCAGGAAGUCAGGGCGAGUGCAGCUUGUUCUGGGGCAAGUCACCUUGGAUGUUACCAUGGGAACAGCCUGUUCAUUUCUCCAGGAGUUGGUUUCUAUUGGAAUUGGAGAGAACAGGACAGGAGAAAUGACGGUGCUGGGACACAUUAAACACAAGUUGGUGUGUUCCCCCGAUUUUGAAACUCUCCUUAAGCAAAGACAGUAGCUGGAAAUUUAAGAUCCAAAUACGGUAAUGAAGAUCUUGCAAAGGAAAGAGGUGCAAAUGGCCUCUCCAGCUGAAGAAUGUCAAAAGGCUUGGCAGGGGAACAAAAAGACAGUUCUCAGAAAAGACAAGAGGAAAAGUUCUUCUUGGAUCAUAAUGUGACAUGAUGAGAAUUAAUCUGGGUUCAUUCUCCUGCAAACAGUGGCUGAUGUCACUGCAGGUGUGACUGUGGAAGUGAUUUCGGGUAGUUACAUCUUUGGUAAUUCAGAGGAAGUGAGCGUCGAAGCUCACCGGGGUUAUAACACCCACGAGGAGUGGAGUUUCUCGGAGUCCAGGCUCUGUGUUUACAUUCGCACUGUAUCACUUUCUUUGUGCUGAUGAUCGCAAGACCUUGCCUUGUUCCUCAGUCAGUGGUUGGGAUGGGAGAUGUCUUAGUGCCCCUAACACAACAGUCAACUCUGAUACUGACUAUUGCUCGGACUGGUAUGUUCCCUUUUCUGCUGAAUGUUUUGCAAAUGUAUGAAUUAUUUAAAUAUGCUUUAAAAUGUUUUAAUAGAAGGUGUAACUUGUUCCCAAGAGCUGAAUAUACUUGAGUAUUCUAACACAGCAAUUCUACUUUUUAUUCAUAGCGAACCAUAGCACGGAAACAGGCUGUUCGGCCCAUCUCCUCCAUGCAUAACUGUUAUGCUGCCUAGUCCCAUGGACCCAUGCCUGGACCAUCGCCCUCCAUACCCCCUCCCAUCCUUGUACACAUUCAUACUUCUCUUAAAUGUUACUAUUGAACCAUCUCUGCUGGCAGCUCAUGCUAAAUUCUCCCUUAGGUUCUCCUUAAAACGUUUCACAUUUCUCCCUUAACCUACGAUCUCUAGCUCUAGUUUCCCCCAACCUCGGUGGGAAAAGCCUGCUUGCAGUUACCCUAUCUACCCCUCAUAAUUUUGUAUACCUCUAUCAAAUCUCCCCUCAUUCUCCUACACUCCAGGGAGUAAAGUGCUAGCCUAUUCAACCUUUCUUUGUAAACUCAUAUCAAGUCCACACAACGUCCUUGUAAAUUUUCUCAGUACUCUUAGCCGGCUGGUGGCAUAGUGGCAUCAGUGCCGGACUUCAGAGCGAAGGCUCCCAAGUUCAAAUCCAGCUGGCUCUCUUGCACACUUUCCAUCCGUAUUGGGUUGAGCGUCGAGCCAGCAACCUGGCCUCAUUAAAACAAGAAAGCUUGCUAAGAAAACGCCAUCACAACGGCGCCCCAAUGACUCCGCUCGGAGUUAAGGGCUUUCUUCUUUUUCUUUCAAUCUUACUGAUAUCUUUCCUUUAGGUAAGUGACCAGAACUCCAGAUAAUUACUCUUGUGAUUAUUUUAAAGAACAUAAUCAUGUUAUAAAAUCCAGGAAUUGCAAUAUUAACAAAAAUCAGUGAAUCUGCAAGAGUUGUAAAUGGUGCUUUAUAUUUUACCAGCAGUCUUACCACUCAUGCCUGUAGAGACAGGAUCAUAACCCACGACACUUCACCUUGCUUUAACACAGCUUAAAGCAUGCUGUCCAAACAGCAGGCAAUGUCAAAUGUGAUGGGAAUCAAAAUCAGGUUUAAUAUCACUGGCAUAUGUCAUGAAAUUUGUUGUUUUGCAGCAGCAUUACAUUAAAUUGCAAUAAGAAAUCUUUUUUAAAAAGUAGUUUAAAGAAGAGCAAAAUAGUGAGGUAGUGUUCAUGUGCAUUCAGAACUCUGGCAGAGGAGGAAAAAGCUGUAUCGAAAUCAUUGAGUGUAUGUCUUCAGGCUCCUGAUGGUAGCAAUGAGGAGAGGGCAUGUCCUGAGUGAUAUUAAUGAUCGAUGGCACCUUCUUGAGACGUGACGGAUCUGACUGAGUUAACAAUCCUCUGCAGCUUUUACCGGUCCUGUGCAGUGGCCCCUCCCUCCAUUCCUGUCCAUGAUGCCUCCAGCCAAAAUGCUCUCCUUCCUGCAUCUGUAGGAACUUGCUAGAGUCUUUGGUGACGUACCAAAUCGACUCAAACUCCAAAUUAAAUGUAGUCACUCCUUGUAAUCUCAUCAAUAUGUUGGGCCCAGGAUAGAUCUUCAGAGAUGUUAACACACAGAAAGCUACUAACCCUUUCCACUGCUGGCCCCUUGGUGAGGACUGCUGUGUGUUCAAGGAGAACGUGCAAACUCCUUACAGACAGUGGUGGAUUGAACCCAGAUCGCUUGCGCUGUAAUAAUGUUACGAUAGCCACCACAUUAUUGUACUGCCUAGAUGUGGGUCCCGUAUCUAAGGAAUGUUGGGCUGGCAUGAGGGAGGGCCAGACUAGGAUUGCAAGAACGAUCCUGAGAAUGAAAAGGUUAUGAGGAUCAUUUGAUAGCUUUGUGCUGUAUUUACAGGAGGUUAAAAAUAUGAAGGGGGAUCUCAUUAAAAUCUACUGAAUAUUGAAAAGCCUAGAUAGGGUGGACAUGGGAGGAUGUUUCCAAUAGUGGGAGAAUCUAGGACCACAGGGCACAGCCUCAGAAUAGAAGGAUAUCCCAAUGGAACAGAGAAAAGGAGGAAUUUCUUUAACCAAGGGUGUUGGAUCUGUGGAAUUCAUUGUCACAGGUGGCUGUGGAGGACAAGUCAUUGAAUGUACUUAAAGUGGAGAUUGAUAGGUUCUUGAUUAGUAAGGGCAUCAAGGGUUACGGGGAGAAGGCAGAAGAAUGGAGUUGAGAGGUAAAAUAAAUCAGCCAUGAUGGAAUGGUGGAGCAGACUUGAUGGGCUGAAUGGCCUAAUUCUGUUCCUAUGUCUAAUGGACUUUCCUUUCCCGAAGUUCAAUAUUCUUUGGUCUUACUGUCAUUGAGCGCAGAGUUGUUGUGACACCACUCAACCAGCCAAUCUAUUGCAUUCCUGUACACUGCCUCCUUGCAAUCUGAGGUUUUGCCAAUAGCAGUUGGCAGAAUGCCAAUUCUGAUGCCAAAGUUUCAAGUGACUCCCCAUUACUCAAGGUAAGCAGUUAUAUGGGUCAAAAAUAAUUGCGGGGGACGUGGAGGGAUUUUCUGUAACAGAAAAAAGGCACUGUGUGGUCUGGGAUUUAAUGGGCAGAAUUCCUAGGCAGUAAAAAAAAUCCUUGAUUCAGCGUCAAGUCUUUGUUUCAAAAGGCACAGUGUGAAAUUACAGAAUGUUACUGUGAAGAUGUACUGAAUCUCAUUGUAGUUAGAGGGUACAUUCUAGUACAUCUUAUUGGUAUCGGGCGUUCCAUGUGCUUCAAGUGGCAGGGUGGAGAUGUGUCUCUACCAAAGGAGAUAUAAGGCAAUCCUUCACACUGCAGGUCGCAGGUCACCCUUGGGCAAGGUGUGCACCUGCUUGACAUACCCCCCCAACCCCGGAUCAGUUCACAUGAAGUCAUGGGAGAAGGUGGUGGUAUGAGCAGCUGUUGCAAAUCACAAGUCCUGGUUAUGUGACCACUGAUGCCAGGCAAUCUCUGAAGAGUAUUGAUAAUGGCUGGGUGCACCUGACUGUUAAAGACACUGCCCAGAAGAAGGCAAUGGCAAAUCACUUCUGUAGAAAAAUUUGCCAAGAACAAUCAUGGUCAUGGAAAGACCGUGAUGGCCCACGUCACAUGGCAUGGCACGAAAUGAUGAUGACCAUGUGCUGGCUCUGUGAAAAGGCUCUCAUGAACACUCCUAGCCAUAGAGAAUUAUAAACUUACAGAACAGAAUAGGUCCCCUGGCUCAGUGUCCAUUUUAACCCCCAAACCACUUUCUAGCCCCAGGACUGUAGCCUUGUUGAUGAUAGCCCUUUAGAUGCACAUGCAGGUUUUUUUUAUUUUGAGAGAUUAGAGAUUAGUUUUAUUUGUCACAUCGAUACAUAACAGUAAAUUGCGUCCAAUCAAAUCACUGAGUACUGUGCUGGGGGGGCAGCCCUCUAGUAUCGCCAUAGUUCUGCCGCCAACACAGCGUGUCCACCAUUGCUAAUCCAAACCCAUACGCCUGUAGAAUGUGGAAGGAAACCAGAGCACCCAGAGGAAACCCAGUGUUCACAGGGAAACCGUACAAACUCCUUGCUGACAGUGGUGGUAAUUGAACCCCAAUUUGGCAUGGUAAAGCCAUUGCACCAAUCUCUACGCUACCAUGGGGAGGGACAUACAAACUGCCACAGACAGCGGGAAUCAAACCCUUGUCAGUGGUCGGUGGUGCUGUGAAGCAUUACACAAACCACUAUGCUACCAUGGGGAGAAUGUACAAACUGCUUACAGACAGCGCCAGGAAUCGAACCCCAAAGUGAUCAAUGGCGCAGUAAAGCACAACACUAACCACCCCGCCACUUAUUUCUGCCUUGAGCAUCUUUUUCAAACAGAAUGUUGGCAUCCCCUGGGCAUAAAACAAUAUCCUCAACUUCCCUCUAAUCUUUCUACCAGUUACUUCAAUUUGUGUCCCUUGAUUACUGACCUUUUUCCAAAGCAACAUGGGUUGUGUGUGUACACUCCAUGGCCUCCUCUACCAUCAAGAUGAGGCCACACGUAGGUCGAUGGAGCAAUACCUUAUCUUCCGCCUAGGUCGCCUCCUACCUGCCGGCAUGAACAUCCAACUCACUGACCUCCGUUGAUACCCCUGCCCCACCUUACCCCAUCCCUAUCUAUUAUUUUAGUCUGGUUCUCUUUCCCUCUCUUCCCCCCCCCCCACUAUAAUCGCCCUACCUUUCUUUCUCUUUUAUUUCCCAGCUCUCUACUUUAUCCCUCCCCCCACUUCUUAUCCUCCCUCGACCAUCCCAUGUUACUUCACUCCUGAUGAGGGGUUUUGGCCCGAAACAUUGUCACUACCUUCUCCCGUAGAUGCUGUCUGGCCUGCUGAGUUCUGCCAGCAUUUUGUGUUUUUAUCCUUAAAGAAUGAAAACUAGUUGAGAAAAUAACCAGAAUUCCCUUUGUUUAUUUGGGACAUUAUGCCAUUUAAUUGGGACAGGAGACUGCUGCUGAACAAUUUUUAACUAGCGUCAGCUGCAUGUGUUUCUGUUCAAUCAGCAAUAAGACAAUUCAGAACCAUUUCGCUCACUGCAGUUUCAAGCAUUCAGGCUUGGAGAUGCCAGAAAUAGCUAGGAGUAAAAAUGAAACCAUUUCACUACUUCAACAAGUUAGGAACUAUGAAGAUUUUGAAGGUAUUGACAAUCAUCUUGAAUGUUACAAUGAAAAUAAAGGAUACAAUGUAAAGCAUUGUAUGAAGGCAAUCAUAUGCACUAGGUGUAUGUUCUGAUUUUGUUCAUUUACAGUCAAUCAAAACAACAUGGCAGCAUUCACUGGAUGAAUUCCUCUGUCAAUGACUAUUAGGAACUAUUACACAGUUUUGUUAUAGUACUGUAGUAGUUUUAGUUCUAAUUCAUUUGGUAUUUCAUUUAAAUACCUAAUUUGUUACUCAGUUAAACUUUACCUUGUCUUUUUUAAAAUUUUUCCAUUAAAAAUUUAAAUCUGGGCCACUUAAUUGGUGCAAAAUGUACUGGUUUUGUCUGAUGUGUCCGACUUAACUGGAAUCCUGUGUGUGUGUAGUGCAGAAAGAG